UCGAACGGGUUUCAUUCAUAAAUUGGGAAAUGGCAGUGCUAAAUGUUUUAGUAUUUUUUGCAGUUUCUUGCCUUGCAGUGCAGUUACUCGUGGGCAUGCCCACUGAGGAUGAAAUAUUUAUGGACUGCAUGGCAGAGCAUAACAUCAGCUCGGCGGAGACUGAAGCACUAAUGAGAAUGAACGACAGCAUGGAAAGCAGUGAAGAUUUUGAAGCUGAUGACAAUUACAAAUGCUAUACGCACUGCACAGCCAAAUCAAUUGGAAUUUUAAAAACCGAUGGCACUCUGAAUAUAACUUCUUUACAAUAUGUUGACUAUUUCGAUGAGCUGGAUCGCAAGUACGUCGAGGGCUGCGCUGAGUCACAGCAAGCGGCUGACAAUGAGUGCGAAUAUGCCUUCAAUAUGUUAAUGUGUGUUUCCGAUGCUGUUCACAAAGACUUGAACGAAGCUAAAAACUAAUAAUGUGUGUACUUUGAAUAAUUGACCGAUAAACUGGGAAAUAAAUAUGAGCAACCGGUUUGACAAGCUUAGGCAAAUUAUUUGAAAUACAACGAACGCUAAA